AUGGCUAACCAUCCGUCCAUCAUCGAAGCCAUUGUCAAGGGCAAGAGAGAGCGGCCAGACAGAUGGCCCCGGUUCAUAACUUGUCCAUCGGAGAUAACAGCUAUAUCGAUGGCGGAUGGCUACGCGAGGAUAUCCGGCCGACCGCAAGCUGUCGUAGUCCAUGUCGACGUGGGCACGCAAGCGCUUGGACAGGGUCUACACAAUGCAAGCGUCGGGCGGGCGCCUGUGUUCAUCUUCGCUGGAAUGUGUCCCUAUACUGAGGCUGGGGAGAUGACGGGGUCACGGACAGAGUAUAUGCACUGGUUGCAGGAAGCACCCGACCAGAAAGCUAUUGUUCGCCAAUAUUGCAGAUAUACUGGCGAGAUCCGCACAGGCCUCAACGUCAAGCAGACCGUUGCACGUGCGCUGCAGUUUGCAAACAGUGGACCCAAAGGACCAGUCUAUGUUGCAAGCGCACGAGAAACACUUGCGGAGGUAAUCGAGGAGCCUUACCAGUUGGAUCAGGAACAGUGGAAAGCGGUCGGUCCCGGUGCUCUGCCAGCUGAUGCCGUCGAAGAGGCCUUGGUGGCGAGCAAGCGCCCACUGGUAAUCACAGGAUACUCAGGCAGAGAUAGGCGUUGCCCCGAACAACUGGUCGCUCUCGCAGAUCUCAUACCUGGCUUGCGAGUGCAUGACACUGGAGGCAGUGACCUCUGCUUUCCUUUCUCACACCCGGCUUCGCAAGGCUUCCGUCUUAGCACCGAUGAAUGCACACGCGAUGCUGACAUGAUCCUACUUCUCGACUGCGACGUUCCUUGGAUUCCAUCAGUAAAUCCGCCACCGAAAGGUACUCGCAUAUAUCAUAUCGAUAUCGAUCCUCUGAACGAGCGCAUUCCAGUUUCCUUCUUCCCAGCACAUGGACGGUGGAGAGGUGAAUCUUAUACUGCCCUGAAGCAAAUUCUUUCCCACAUCACGACAUCUCCCUUAAGUGAGACGCUACAACAGCCUUCAUUCGUGGAACGCAAAAAGGUUCUAGCAGAUAUGCAUAAACAGAGACUCGCCGAAAUUGCGUCACGAUGUCACUUGAGUGACGGGCAAUCCCUUGACGCGAGCAACAUUGGCCAUCUUCUCAAGCAAAUUCUUCCGGACACAACAGUAUUUGUGAUCGAGGCUGUGACAUGCGGGCAGCUUCUCUCUGAUCAAAUUCAGGCCGAUAGACCUGGCAGUUGGAUCAAUUGCGGUGGAACCGGUAUUGGCUGGAGCAAUGGCGCAGCGUUAGGUGUCAAGAUGGCCACAGACGACGCGGCCGUGACUACGGAUAGUGUGCAUGAGCCGACGCUCAUUUGCCAGGUUGUUGGAGAUGGCAGCUUCAUGUGCGCGGCACCUUCCAGCGCAUUGUGGGUUGGCUCCAAGUACAAAAUACCCAUCCUUACAGUCGUACUCAACAAUGGUGGCUUCAAGGCUCCAAAGAACUCAACCGCCUUGGUGUAUCCUCAUGGAUUGAAUGAGGGAGCGACUGAUGACGAGAUGAACAUCUCCUUCAAGCCAUCGCCAAACUAUGCAGCACUCGCAGAAGCAGCUGCUGGAAGCCAGAGUUCGAAAGCCUCGACACAGGAUCCAAAUCAGUGGAUGGAGGGCGUACGAGUAGAUUCAGUGGCAUCGUUGAGGAAAGAGCUCGGUAAAGUCUCACAGCGAGUGCUAGAGGAGAAAAAAGGCCUGUUGAUAGAGGCUUUGAUGGGCUAG